CUCACCUUCACCGUCAUCUCGUUAUCUCUCAGCGCCUAGUAUGCGCCCUUUGUAUUAUGACCAUCACCAAUCCGACCCAAUUAAUAGACGAAUUCAAAAAAUCGGGCGAAUUUGACCGUCUGAGACGUGAUCUCCUAUCACAUUUUCAGCGCAGUGAACGCACCGAGGCCUUUAAGUCUCGUGUCGAUGAUAUAGCCCGACAAAGGCUAUCUUCUGACCCAAAAUUGAUAUCCAUGCCCAAUGAUGCUAUCCAGCGUGAGCUGUUAGGGGAAAUCGACCGCUAUCCUAUUGUCGAGCGAGCGGUAGUCGAUGCUCCUUUAUUAUCUGAUCCAUCAUUCAUCGCCGGCAUACGUGCUUCACUGGAACGUACCAUGUCGGCAGGCAGAAGCGAAGAAAAGAACAAUGCUACUCCAAGCCAAUCGACGCCAAACCUGCAACCAUGUGAUUCGGGCAAUCCCAAUUUCAAUGCAGCCAUUCCCCAACUAAAUGACGCUCUGACACCUUCGGCGGUCCAGAAAGAGUGAAUUUGACCAUUGCAGUCCUGGCAUCUCUAUAUAUAGUCUGACUGGACACUCUACAAGGUUUGACUACGCCCUCUGCGCAAGGUAAUGUGCUCAUACCGCCAACUGCAAGCUAUUUAUUUAUCCCUUCUUGACUUAUUUAUUCAUUACAAGGAAAUAUUUGCAGUUGGGAGACUAACAAUUCAAGAAAAGUCAAUGAUAGAAUUAGCUAAGCUUCAAGACGAUGAUAGGCGAGUAUUUCUUAUAUCGUUGUUGUGAGGAAGCGCGCAUACUGUGGUCCGGUAGGAUAUCAAAAGACAAACAGGAUUGAGC